ACUGAUUCUUGUGUGCCAAGUUCAAGAUCGUCGAGCUCAUGGUUUUUAUGCAGAAAAAGUUUAGUAAAUUGAAAAGCGAUUAGUGAUGAAAGUAUUGAGGUUUGUCAACAUUUGUGAUUUAGAACAGAAGAAGAACUAAGACAUGUUUCAUCAGUUCUCUUUCAAAACAAAAUAUUAACAACAAUGGUAAAAAUUUCGAAAGUAGUUGUUUGUGGUAUGAAAGGAGUAGGUAAAACUUCAAUUAUAGAACAAGUUAUAUAUGGACAUGCUAAUACAAGAAUGGAUUUACAUCCGACAAUAGAAGACAUUUAUGUUGCUAACAUAGAAUCUGAUAAAGGUACGAGAGAAAAAAUAAGAUUUUAUGAUACUGCUGGCAUAGAGUUUUCACAAAUUUCCACAGCAAAUGGUACAACUAAUCAGCAAUUACCUAGGCAUUAUUUAAUAAUGGCAGAUGGAUAUAUCUUAGUCUAUGAUACAAGUAAGAGUAUAUCACUGGAUGUUUUGAUGUCAAUAAAGAAAGAUAUUGAUAAAAAUAAAGAUAAGAAGGAGGUCACAAUUAUUGUUAUUGGUAAUAAUUUUAAAGAAGAAAUGACUGAAGAAAUGGAAUUGAUAAUAAGUAAAGCCAAUCAAUGGUGUAUGAGAGAAAAAAUAAAACAUUUUGCUGCAUCGUCUUUGAAACGGACAAGCUUAUAUGAACCAUUUGUGUAUAUUACAAGCAAAUUAACACCACCUCCAAGUAAAAGUGGUUUUACUCCCUUAUCCAUGGGAAGAAAAGUGAUGAAAGAUUCAUAAAAUCUAACAGUUAUUAUAUUUUGAACUAUUGAAUCACAAAUUAUUAUUAGGUAUAUUAUUUAUUUCCAAUUAUUAUAAUAUGAAUUUUCUGUACUCUAUUUUUUAUGUUUCAUAACACUAUUUUCAUCCUUUUAUCUAUCUAUAUAUUGGUUACUAUUACAAAUUCUUAGAAAGGUUUGCUAAUAAAUGUUGUCAUUUGCUAUGCAAUUAAUUAUCCACAAGCACCUUUAAGUUGUAGAGAGACAGGUGAUAAUACAAGGUCUGAGUAAUAAAUAACGAGACUGCGCGCCUAAAGGGCGCCCUAGACCGGUGGGGUGAGAAACGAAUAGCGAGUAUUUGUGCAGUAGCAGUUUGAAACGAACGUAUCAAUAUCAAACUUCUCGUUAAAUUGAAAAAAAACUCUGGCUGAGUGCUAUAAAUUGUUGCAAGAGGCUUAUGGGGACAAUUCUUUAUCUCGUGCGUGUGUUUUUUAGUGGUGUAAGCGCUUUAGUGAGGGCCAAGAGAGCAAAUCAAAAUUCAAGGCAAUGUUUAUCGUUUUUUUCGACAUUAACGAUAUCGUGAUGACUGAAUGGGUUUCAGCGGGCCAGACUGUCAACCAGACUUACUAUUUGUCAGUUUUUGCAACACUGCGAGAACGAAUUCGUAAAAAACAUAAUGCGCUAUCUAUGAAGCAGUAUUUGGCCAGUAAGCACACUCCAGUGCUCGAAUACUCACUGUACUCCAGUUUGGCACCAUGGAACUUUUUUUUGUUUCUGAAGAUAAAAUCUGCUUUGAAAGGGACCAGAUUUGAGUUGAUGGAAACGGCAGGGCUCCGAAAGACAUUCACCAAAGAAGACUAGAAGCACUACUUCAAUGAAGACGUAUGGCAAGGUGUGUUGCAGGGAAGGGCAGUAUAUUGAAGGGGAGCAUCCGAAUGUAGAUUAAUUUUCAAUUUUGUUCAAUGAUUUUAUAUUUUAUACAAUAUACGAAAGCUUUGAAUAAAGUAGAAGAAAUAAAAAA